CAAGUUGAAGUAUUUAUUCAGUUUCUUUUCUCUUUCAGUGUUGUACAGAGGUUGUGGCAGAAUAAUACACCAUGUCCACUUUAUCAGAACACUUGCCAAAGUUGAGCAUUGCAGAGUUUGAGAAGUUCCCAGAACCAGUGGAGAUCCAGUACAAGAGUGGUGCAAGUUACAAAGGAACGAUCAGCAACCACUUACGUUGUGGUCGAGGUGUUUUCAAAUGGCCAAACGGAUCCAGAUAUGAAGGCCAUUACUCGGACAAUGCGCGGAAUGGAAAAGGAUUACAAGUCUGGCAGGAUGGGGGGCAGUAUGAGGGAGACUUUGUGAAUGACAUGAGACAUGGAGAGGGGGAGAUAAGGUGGAACAAUGGCGAGGUGAGCUAG